CUUCCGCCUUUGAUUAAAAGCCUUUAGACCACACCAAGGUCUUGCUCUUCCUGUAGUUCCCAAAUUCAACUCAUCGAAUUAGAGACAACUGUUUAGUGGCUUCUUCUCCGUGUUAUCAUCACAAUGUCUGGAAGUCCUGCUGUGGUCAUGCGGCUGGUGGCCUCUGCCUUCACUGUGGCUGAAAAGGCCGGGAGCAUUGUGAGGAAGGUCCUUCACAGUGGAGAACUUGGCAUUGUGGAAAAGACUGGAGCUAAUGAUCUACAGACACUGGCAGACAGACUAGCACAGCAGAGCAUUUGUGCAUCACUGUCCAAACGUUUCCCUAAAAUCACCAUCAUUGGAGAGGAGGAGCUUCCAGAUGAGGAGAUAAAGGAAGAUCUCAUUGAGAGCGGCUUCUCAGAUGAAAUCCUUCAGAAGACAUGUCCAGAAGAAUAUAGUGGUCUCAAAGAGGAGGAGCUUGUUGUGUGGGUGGAUCCCCUCGAUGGCACAAAGGAAUAUACUGAAGGGCUCCUGGAUAAUGUGACGGUGCUUAUUGGUAUUGCCUAUAGAGGUAGAGCAAUUGCAGGUGUCAUCAACCAGCCUUUUUACAACUACGAGCUUGGAGCAGGAGCAGCUUUAGGAAGAACCAUGUGGGGAAUGCCGGGUCUGGGUGCCUUUGGAUUUGAGCUGCGGGAAGUUCCAGGCGACAGACGCAUCGUCACCACCACACGUUCCCAUAGCAACAAGCUGGUAACGGACUGUGUAGACGCCAUGGAGCCUCAUGAGGUUGUAAGAGUUGGUGGUGCUGGGAACAAGAUAAUCCAGCUUGUUGAAGGAAAAGCUUCUGCUUAUGUCUUCGCCAGUCCAGGGUGCAAGAAGUGGGACACAUGCGCUCCUGAAGCCAUUCUGCAUGCUGUUGGAGGUAAACUGACUGACAUGCAUGGCAAUGCAUACUGCUAUGAUGCUAACGUCAAGCACAUGAAUUCGGCGGGCGUUCUUGCAACACUACGAAACCACGAGUACUACGUCAGUAGAGUACCACAGUCAGUUCAGCAAGCCCUCAAGUCAGUUUGAGUAUCUGUCUUAAUCAGAAAUCACACUAAUAGCAGACAUUAUUCACAAUUAACAUAAUCAUUCAGAGAUUUAACACUUAAAAUCUAUCAACAAAUCCAAGAACCUUCUUCUUUAUGUGAAAAAUACCAUGUUUUUGUGUCAUGCAGCACUAAAUUAACCAGAAACAGAGAGCAGACUUAAUAGGACUCACAUUUAUUUCACUCCUGUCAAACAAACUCCUAUAAGACUUGAAAUGUCUUAACACACUGUUUUCACUUGUUUACCAGUAGAUUACAAAGCCAGAGAUUAGAUUUAAAUAUAUUUUUAAAAAUAUGGUAACUAUAAGUUAAAUGUUCAUUUAAGAGAUUUAAUGGAUUUACUUGAUUUAGUAUUCACUAAGUGGGAACACUUUAAUAUGACUAGUCAACAACAAACAAAAUUAUUUUGACUCUUUUUAUAUUGUCAUGCGAUGACAAGAAUUGCGUGUGAGGUUGACAUAUACUGCUGUAAAGAUUGACUAUACUGACGAACAUUUUCCAAUCCUGGACUGUACCUUCCAUGGUCUUCUUAUUUCUUUAAUUUAACUUGUGCUUUUACACUGACAUUUUCUACUUUUCUACAUACCUCCUGCUCUCAGAAAACUAAACUGGAAAAUGAAACACUUUUAUACACGUUGCGUGUCAGCCAAUGGAUUGUUGAAAACUGAACCUAGAUUCAGUGUAUCUAUUGUAACACGGUGUCAAUUAUUUUUUUAGUAUGCAUUUGAUACGCUUGAUUCUGUCUUCAAAUUCCACUGAAUUAAAUAACUGAAAGAGCUGCAACCCCUUACCAGGAUGAUAAAUAACUGAAAUUUCCACUAUUCAUGUAAUCAAGGUGACUUCUAUGAAUAUGUUAAACUGAACUGACAAUAUAUUUUGGUUUGUUUCUAUAUUUGCCAAGAUGUAUUCUGACAUGUAAACCUGCACAGUCAUGUGAAUCUGUAAAAUAAAAUUGUUCCAAUUAA